AUGGAUCCGCAGAGGGUCCUACGAGUUGGAGGUCGCAUCAAGCAUUCACUGUUGGCAUUCGACGAGAAACAUCCUAUCCUUCUGCCGAAGGACUCAACACUGACACGACUCCUGGUUGACUCCUGUCAUUCAAGGACGCUGCACGGGGGCGUGCAGCAAACGCUUGCUCUGCUCAGACAGAGAUUCUGGGUACCUGGCGGACGAACUCUGAUGAAAGGUCACAUUCAUCGGUGUCGACGAUGCAUACGAUGGCGGGCGGCUACGCCUCAACAAAUCAUGGCCGAUCUUCCGGAACCUCGUGUCACGCCAUCACGCCCAUUUCAACACACAGGGGUGCAUUACGCGGGUCCUGUGAUGCUACGGACCUCUCGUGGUCGAGGUCACAAGGCACACAAGGCCUAUAUCGCGGUCUUCGUGUGUCUUAGCACCAAGGCCGUUCAUCUGGAGAUUGUUUCAGACUACACAACGGAAGCCUUCUUGGCCGCUCUGCGUCAAUUCAUCUCUCGACGAGGAGUGUGCCAGGUGAUCUACUCUGACUGCGGUACUAAAUUCGUGGGCGCUGACGCCACUCUUCGUAGCAUGUUUCAGGCAAGCAGUAUGGAGGCGCGACGGGUCAGUCAGGUCAUGGCAGAGGAACGCAUACAGUGA